UAAGGCCAACUGACUAGCGGGCAUUGUGUUAGGGCCCCGAGGAUCUCAGGGAACCAGAUUCAGUCCCUGACCUCCAAGGACUCAGGGCUCGUAGGUGAGUGGAUGCGACACGAUGAUGAGACGAAUAAUGUGGACAGGAACACUAGGCAGCCUCAGGGGAGGUGUCACCUGACGCAACUAAGGUAAGGGAUAGUAAGUAGCCACCCUGGAAAAACUACGCCAACUCCAAGUUAUAAAGUGAGAAAAUGUAGGAAAAAACCCGCCCAAGCUAUUCUGACCAACAAAUAUCUCAACGUUUGAGCCGGAUGUACGACAAAAGUCAUGGCCUAACCCGGAAACUGCCUCUCUGAAAAAGUAAACUGGAACUACGCUGGAGAGUAAACUACCAUUCCCGCCAUGUAUCAGUGAAAACCUCCCAUCAUCCUCUCCACCUCCCGCUUCCUUUUUCCCCUAAAGCAUACGACAAAUAGGACUUCAUCUCCCAGAAUUCCCUUGGUUAAGUCAACCACACGCAUGCGCUAAGAGGCGGGUCCUCGUUGCCCACGACCCCGCCUCCGUUCUGCCGCCGCCAUUUUUUCAGAGACUUUCAUCCGGCAGCCGACGGUGCUUUUUUUCUUAAAGGAGAAGCGACAGCGCAAAAAUUUUUCCCCCUUCUCCUAGCAAGAUCUGGCGGCGCUGGGGACAGAAAGGCCAGAGACAGGAAAGUAGGAUCGGGGUGGAGGCGGAAGGACGCCCAGACUACUUCUGCGGCCUAAGAUAGGAUAAAAAGCGCCCUUGUGGCAUUAGCAGCUCCUCAGGGAGGCAGGUGCGCGCGCAGCCAAUCAAGGGUGCGGGUUAGGCGUGGAAAGAGGUGCGUUUUCUUCUCACCCACCUCCCUCGCGAGACCUGCCCCUCCCACUGCCCCUAACGCGCACUGAACUCCGGAGGAGGGGGAAAAAGGUCACUUUGGGAUUGUCGCGAGACGCAGCCGUUUAACGGUGAGAACGGGUGCGCGGGGAAGGAAACCUCGCGCGCUCCCUUAGAGCCGUUUCCUGAUUGGCUGAAAGGAGGGGUAGGGGCGGGAACCUGGUACGACGCUGCUAGUGAGACCGCGUGGGGCGGGGCAAGAGAGUCCUUCCUCCUCUCCAAUUGGGCGGAAGACCGUCUGUGGCGGGCGCGCGCGCGCCGCUAGCAGUAGCGGGCCUUGAGUGGCAGGGGGUGGGGGGGGCGCCCUCGGAGCCGGGCGGAGGGGAGGGGGGAACAGGAGCGCCGGGUGAGAGUGAGCCGGACGCUCCGGGAGGCGAGGGGGGCGGGGGGAGUAGCGCAGCGGCCGCCGCUGCCUCCGCCUCCGCCGUCUGGGACGAGGGGGUGGGGGACGGAAGAGCCCCGAUGCCGGGGGAGACGGAAGAGCCGAGACCCCCGGAGCAGCAGGACCAGGAAGGGGGAGAGGUAGCGGCGGCCGAAGCGGCUCCGGAGGAGACCCAACAACGGCCCCCUGAGGUAGCGGCGGCGGCGCCUGCAGGGACCACUAGCAGCCGCGUGCUAAGGGGUGGUCGGGACAGAGGCCGGGCCGCUGCGGCCGCCGCCGCCGCCGCUGUGUCCCGCCGGAGGAAGGCCGAAUAUCCCCGCCGGCGGAGGAGCAGCCCCAGCGCCAGGCCUCCUGACGUUCCAGGGCAGCUGUCCCAUGCCACGAAGUCCCCGUCUCCAGUUCAGGGCAAGAAGAGUCCGCGACUCCAAUGUAUAGAAAAAGUAACAACUGAUAAAGAUCCCAAGGAAGAGAAAGAAGACGACACGAAUUCUGCCCUUGCUCAGGAAGUUUCUAUUGCUGCAACUAGACCAAGUCGGGGCUGGCGUAGUAGUAGCAGGACAUCUGUCUCUCGCCAUCGUGACACAGAGAACACCCGAAGCUCUCGGUCCAAGACUGGUUCAUUGCAGCUCAUUUGCAAGUCAGAACCAAAUACAGAUCAGCUUGAUUAUGAUGUUGGAGAAGAGCAUCAGUCUCCAGGUGGCAUUAGUAGUGAUGAGGAAGAAGAGGAAGAAGAGAUGUUAAUCAGCGAAGAGGAAAUACCAUUCAAAGAUGACCCAAGAGAUGAGACCUACAAACCCCACUUAGAAAGGGAAACCCCCAAACCACGGAGAAAAUCAGGGAAGGUGAAAGAAGAGAAAGAGAAGAAAGAAAUUAAAGUGGAAGUAGAGGUAGAGGUGAAAGAAGAAGAAAAUGAAAUUAGGGAGGAUGAAGAACCUCCUAGGAAGAGAGGAAGAAGGCGAAAAGAUGACAAAAGUCCACGUUUACCCAAAAGGAGAAAAAAACCUCCAAUCCAGUAUGUUCGGUGUGAGAUGGAAGGAUGUGGAACUGUUCUUGCUCACCCUCGCUAUUUGCAGCAUCACAUUAAAUACCAGCAUUUGCUGAAGAAGAAGUACGUAUGUCCCCAUCCCUCUUGUGGACGACUCUUCAGGCUCCAGAAGCAACUCCUGCGACACGCUAAACAUCAUACAGUGAAUUCCAAUUGCAGAAAUGUCCUGUCUCCUGCUCAAGGUCAUACUGACAUAGAUCAAAGGGAUUAUAUCUGUGAAUAUUGUGCUCGGGCCUUUAAAAGUUCUCACAAUCUGGCAGUGCACCGGAUGAUUCACACUGGCGAGAAGCCAUUGCAAUGUGAGAUCUGUGGAUUUACUUGUCGGCAAAAGGCAUCCCUUAAUUGGCACAUGAAGAAACAUGAUGCAGACUCCUUCUACCAGUUUUCUUGCAAUAUCUGUGGCAAAAAAUUUGAGAAGAAGGACAGUGUAGUGGCACAUAAAGCAAAAAGCCACCCUGAGGUGCUGAUUGCAGAAGCUCUGGCUGCCAAUGCAGGCGCCCUCAUCACCAGCACAGAUAUCUUGGGCACCAACCCAGAGUCCCUGACACAGCCUGCAGAUGGUCAGGGUCUUCCUCUUCUUCCUGAGCCCUUGGGAAACUCAACCUCCGGAGAGUGCCUGCUGCUGGAAGCUGAAGGGAUGUCAAAGUCUUACUGCAGUGGGACAGAACGGGUGAGCCUGAUGGCUGAUGGGAAGAUCUUUGUGGGAAGCGGCAGCAGUGGGGGCACUGAAGGGCUGGUGAUGAACUCGGAUAUACUCGGUGCUACCACAGAGGUUCUGAUUGAAGAUUCAGAUUCUACUGGACCUUAGUGGAAGGGAAGACUUGGGGCACUGGGACAGCUCAGACUUUGUAUUUAAAAAUUGAAAAGGACAAAAAAAAAAAAAAAAAGUUUAAAGCAUUUAAAAUCUAGUAAGAUAA